CAACGAUGUUGCCACCAAGGAGGACACCGCCUUCCACAGGGUCAUGGACCCAACGGGGAGGCCAGUCCGAGGGCCAGUUGGUGGGAAGACAAGCAGCUGGAGGUGCUCCAGGACAUCGCCGAUAUCACUGUCAAGGCGGCCGAGCAGGCCGAGUUCAAGUGCGAGGUGUCGGACGAGAAGGUGACGGGGAAAUGGUACAAGAACGGGGUGGAGGUUCGGCCAAGCAAGCGCAUCCACAUCACCCACAAGGGCAGGUUCCACAAGCUGGUGAUUGAGGACGUGAGGGCGGAGGACGAGGCCGAUUACACCUUCGUCCCCGACGGGUUCGCCCUCUCGCUCUCUGCCAAGCUCAGCUUCCUGGAGAUCAAGGUGGAGUAUGUCCCUAAGCAAGUGAGCACCUCCCCCCGCCUCGCCGGCGGGUGGGGUGGGGGAGACGUUCCUGACCCCCCCAAAGCUGUUCGCAUCACCUCCGUGGGGGAGGACUGGGCCAUCCUGGUCUGGGACCCCCCCAAAUACGAUGGGGGAAAUCCCAUCACUGGGUACCUGAUGGAGCGGAAGAAGAAGGGCAGCGUGCGCUGGAUGAAGCUGAAUUUCGAGGUGUACGGGGACACCACGUAUGAGUCGACACGGAUGAUCGAGGGGGUGCUCUACGAGAUGAGGGUCUGCGCCGUCAACGCCAUCGGGGUGUCGCAGCCCAGCCACAACACAAAGCCCUUCAUGCCCAUCGGCAGGCACAGACCUGCUCACCAGGGGCCAGGGGGGCACAGACCUGCUCACUGGGGGCCAGGCAGGCACAGACUCGCUCACCAAGGGCCAGGGCCAGGCGGGCACAGACCCGCUUACUGGGGGCCAGUAACCCCACCCCAGGGAAAGCCGCGCCCUAAGGUGACGUGGAUGAAGGACGGGCACCCGCUGGACCCCAAGGAGAUCAGCAUCCGCACCUCGGACCUGGACACCAUCCUCUUCAUCCGCUCGGCCGCGCGGCACCACUCGGGCCAGUACCAGCUCUCCGUGCAGAUCGAGAACAUGGAGGACCAGGCCACCAUCCAGAUCCGCAUCGUGGAGAAGCCGGGCCCCCCGGUGUCGGUGCAGGUGAAGGAGGUUUGGGGGUUCAACGUGCUGCUGGAGUGGCAGCCCCCCAAGGACGACGGGAACUCGGAGAUCACGGGCUACGCCAUCCAGAAGGCAGACAAAAAAACCAUGUGGUUCACGGUGUAAGAGCACAAGCCGCUGACGCGCUGCACCAUCUCUGAUCUGGUGAUGGGUAACGAAUACUCCUUCCGUGUGUACAAGCGCUAGAACGUCUGCGGGCUGAGCGAGACAACCGCAGCGUCUCCAAGAACACGCCUCGUAUGGCCAGGACUCCUGGGUUCUCUCCCUAGCUAUGGGAAGGGAGUGGGUUUGCUGAUCUGUGUCCUCUCUUGCCCUCAGCCAGGUGAGGGUCGGGACUCCGAGGCCUGUGUCCUCACUCUGCAGCUGGAGCAUUCAUUUGAGCCAGACGACAGCAUCCGCUUCCGGAAGCGGGGGACCCUGCUCUGGAGCCCGGGGCCCGAGCCCAGCCUCUCGCUGAGCCAGAAGCAGCUGUGUGAGGAGGAGCGCGCCAAGCUGAGGGAUGUGGCGGUGCUGAACGGGCUGUACCGGGUGCGAAUUCCGCGCCGGCCCCUCGGGGCCGUGGAGGAAGCUGCAGUGGAAUAUGUCACCUCCUUCGUUCGAGCAUGCUCACUGGUGGACUCCCAUCUGUCGGACCGGCUGACGGUGCACACGGACGGGGCAGGGAACGUGAUCGGCAUCUCCAUCGUCACCGUGCCGGGGUCCUGCCACGGCGCUGAGGUGGAAGACGUUGACCUGGAGGCCUUCAACACCACGGUGCUCCUGCAGCAGCCGGUCCCGGCGGCCGUGUGAGUGUGUG